AUGCGCUUUAUAACAGAAAAUAAUUUUGGUAGACUAUUCCAUAUCCAAACAACAGGUGGAUUUGGUGUCCCAAAAAAGGCUGGGGAAAGAGUUAAAGUACGUUUUGAAUUAUUGAGAAAUACCGAUACUAAAAAUAUUUUAGAUGACAAUUAUAGUAAAAUUAAAUUACCAAAUGAUUGUAAAUGUCAAAUAUGGUUGAUGGAUGCAGCAGGAGAAUUUUUAGAUUGUGUAGAUUCUGAAAGUGUAUCAGCUUUAGAUGGUAAUGUGUUUAUCACUGAAAAUAAAAAUAAUUCAAUGCCAAUUGCUAAUAUUGAUCUAAAUAUUGUUCAAUCAUCUGGUUGUGGGAUUAUAGUAAUAAAUUUAGUAACAGAAUCUAAUAUAUUCUCAUUACUAGAAGAAUUAAAUAUAAAUAUUGAUAUUAUUAAUCCUAAAGAGAAACGUAGAGCUAGUGAUAUUUCAUUUGAAUCAUUUAAAGAAAGAGAUAUAUGGAAUAUUUUAAAUUAUAGCCCAAUAGAUGAAUUUGUAUUAGAUGAACAUCUUGAAGAUUGCAAAAAUAUUGCAAUAGCAGCAUUAUUUGUUUAUGGUAGUAGAUGGCAUAUACAAAAACUUUCAAAAACAUUAUCUACUGAUAAUAAAUAUGAUAUUAUUCCUGAAAUUAAAGAAAUAUGUCAUAAUAUAAAUAAUGAAAUACUUAAAAAAUAUUCAGCUCCUACAGGAUCUUUAUGCUUAAGAAGUUUACUAUUAGAGAAUAAAAAUAUAGAAGAUUCUUUACAACCAAUGAUUAUUAGACAUAAAAGUAGUAUAACAGAUUAUGAUGUAAUAAUUAAACGUUUAGAGGAAAGAAAACAAAAAUUGAAGGAAUUUAUUAAAAAGAAUGAAGGGAAAUUAUUAAAGGGGAGAAUUUCUGUUAAUAAUAAUGGUGAAGUUAUAUAUAUAAGUGAUUCAGAAAAUCAAGAGAAUACUUCUAAUAGUAUUGAACCAAAAAUUGAAGAUAGGUUUGAAGAGAAUUUGGAAACUGAUAUGUAUACAUUUGAAAGUACAUGUAAUGAUAUACAAAUAUUAAAACAAAUAACAAGUGAACUACAAUUACAAUUAAUUAGUAUAAUGGAUAUGUUUAUGUCAUCUUAUCCUCCAUCAUUUACAUUACAAGGAUCAGGAGAUCAGAAUACAUAUACAGAUGUUCUUAUGGAAAUACAAGAAAUAGAUAAUAAAUUAACACUUUAUAAACAAGAAAUGUUACUUGAAGAUCCAACAUUAUCUGAUAUAAAAUUAAUGAAAUCAAAUGAGAAUUUUCAAGAUUUAAGGAAUAAGAUGGAUCAUCUUCAAAAUACUAUAGAAAUAUAUGGUUCUAAUGCUAGAGCUUUAAUAUUGGAUAAUAUGGAAAUUAAGGAAAGUGCAAGAACUGAAGUAUUUCAUAAAGUGAAAGUAAUUGAGGAAAGAUUCGAUCAUUUAAAUAGUAAAUUUUCCGAUUUUUUACUUUGUAUUUCAAAUUAUAAAAAUUUGGAUUAUUAA